AUGCGAAGAAAAGUAGCCAUCACUUGCUUCCGGAAAAUACCGCGUUUAAUCGUGAUUUUUUUUGGCGGUUUCUUUAACGAAGCAUUCAGACUGGAACAGUUCGCCCAUCGCCAUCGUGACGAGAUUCGCAAAAAUUCCCAAUUUCGGCGUCAUUUUCAGGAAAUGUGCGCUAGCGUUGGCGUUGACCCUCUCGCUUCUGGAAAGGGAUUUUGGGCAGAAAAGCUUGGAGUGGGAGACUUUUACUACGAACUCGCUGUUCAAAUUGUGGAGGUCUGUUUAUCAACCAACCACAUUAAUGGAGGAAUCAUGACAGUAGAGGAGAUUAGGAACCGUUUGAUGCGCAGCCGAUCGCGCACUAGGAAGGAAACUAUCACUACAGACGAUAUCUUGCGUGCUGUUGACAAGCUCAAAGUAUUGGGAGGUGGAUUUGAGUUGGUGCCAUUGGGUGGGGGCCGUUUCCUUGUACAAUCUGUCCCCGGUGAGCUGAGCAUGGAUCAUUCUCGUGUUCUUCAACUUGCAGAAGAUGCAGCUUACGUCACUAAGGAGCUUAUAAUCGAUAGGCUGCGAUGGGAUGAACCACGAGCUCAAGCCGUCUUGGACCAUCUUGUGAAGGAGGGUUUGGCUUGGGUUGAUGAGCAAGCCACUGAUACAAUUCAGUAUUGGGUACCUUCUCUGUUUCUACAGCAAUACUGUCAUUCAUCUAGUAGCACAAGUGUCUCAGAAAGUCUUCAAAGCAUGACUGCUUAUUAG